AUGACCUGUGACUGUUGCUCUUCAAACUCCUCCUGCAGCUCCCUUAGGCGCUGCCUGCCCUCCUCGGGUUCCUCCUGUGGCUCUCCCUACCCCAGCAACCUGGUCUACACCACUACCAGCUGCUCUCCCAGCACCUGCCAGCUGGGCUCCUCUCUCAACAGUGGCUGUCAGGAGACCUGCAUUGAGCCCACCAUCUGCCAGAGGUCCUGUGUGGUGUCCAGCCCCUGCCAGACAGCCUGCUACUACCCCAGGAGCUUCGCAACUUGCAGUCCCUGCCAGGAGACAUAUGCUGGGUGUCUGGCCUUUGGACCCAGCAGCUUCCAGACCCUGGAGUGUGGAUCUAGGGGGUGCUACAUAGUGGGUUGUGGACCCAGUGGUUGUGAAUCUCUGUAUUACGGAGUCUCUGGCUUCCCUUUCCAGAGAUGCGGGCCCAGAUUUUGCUAUUCAACCCUCCUGCCUGCUAGAACCUCUCAAGCUGGUUAUAAACCAAUCUGUGGUAACACCCUCUAUGGAGUCUACUGUUGA